UUAUUAAUAAAAAUAAUUUAUUUUAGAUUUUUUCAUAAUUUUUAAAUAUUUCAAAUUUAAAGAAUUUAAAAAAAAGUAUUUAAGAGCAAGAUGGAUAGCAAAAGACAAAGAAGUCUUUAAGAUAUAUAAAAUAAAAUAACCAAAAUUUUAAAUGAAACAGGAGCAUGUGACCAUGAUUUUGAAUUUAUUCAACAAAAGGCACUCUAACUUUAGUCUAUUUUUCAAAACAUUUAGCAGAGCUGCAGUGAAUACUUUUAGUAAAUGAAUGAUAUAGAAGAAGCCAUGUAAGAUGAUAUAAAAAAGUUUUUCAUGGAAAAUCUGUAAUAAAUGAAAUAGUAGAUUGAAGAUUUUAGUGAUAUUUUGACUCAAAGAAGCUAAUUGCAUGAAGAAACUCUUAAAAACCUAUAAAAUAUAUAAAUUUUGAAUAGCCAAUUAAUGGGAUCAAAAGAAUAAUGGAAUUAAUCAUGA